AUGAGGUUGAUGACUGAUCCUAAUUUCCUUCAUAAAGGCGAUCACGUCCAUCUUGGCCCUGGCGUGUCAAGUGAACGUCUCACCAACCCAGCUUUGGAACUUCACGAGCUUCCAAGGGUUGAUCUCAUCCUGCUUUCCCACUAUCACGAGGACCAUUUUGAUAAAGAAGUCCAGGCUUCGUUGAAGCGCGAUAUCCCAAUCGUCACUACACCGCACGCAAAGAAGCAUCUCAUUUCCAUAGAAGAGCCUUUCACGUCAGUUUAUGCAAUUGACCCAUUCGAAGAAGUCGAGGUUGAUAUUGAAGGGACUGAGGGUCCCAGGCAAGCCAGGCUACAUGUGACCGGGAUGCCGGGGAAACAUGUCCCUCCUAACCGCGUGAUCGAAGGAUUGAAUACCAUGGCUAAUGUCAUUCCUCCAACAAACGGCUGGAUGCUCGAACUAGGCCAGUGCACCAAUACGGGGUUCACAUGUGGCUAUCGCAUCUACAUAUCCGGCGAUGCUCUCAUGAAAGACGAGCUACACGAGAUUCCCAAAAGGUAUGCGGGGCAACAAAUCGACUUGAUGCUCACUCAUCUCGGCGGGACUACCAUUCCCUCGCCUCUAGUGGGAAGACCCAUGGAGCCACUGGCAUUGAUGGUGACCAUGGACGCAGAACAAGGCUUGCAAUUAAUUCAGCUCAUCCAGCCCGACAUGACGAUCCCAAUCCAUUACGACGACUACGAUGUAUUUGCCAGUCCAUUAGAGGAUUUUCGUCGCAUUGUCGAGGCAGUAGGUUUCUCGGAUCGAGUUGUGAUCUUGGACCGCGGGGAACAGUACAGGUUCCUUGUUAGGGAAUAA